AAGCCCCAGCGAAGCAAAAUUUUCCUGUCCCCUGUUUCAAUCAACGUGUCUGGACAGACAUUUCGACGAGCUGACGAGCUGAGCCGAUUUGCAAUCAUGGCUGGCGAAACCGAUGAGGAGGUUGAGCGACGACGGGGGAGCGCCGAGCAAAAUCAUACCGAGCAGUACGGCAUCGUCGAUCCGGAUCGCAUCAUCAAGAAUCCGCUGCAAUUCCAGUGGACGCUCUGGUAUCAGGAACCGGAUAAGAACAAGUCGUGGGGAGACAAUCUGAACGAGGUGGCCACCGUCGGUACCGUUGAGGACUUCUGGAGAUUGUACAACCAAAUCAGGAGCCCGUCGGACCUGAAGACCGGGUGCGAUUAUUCGAUGUUCAAGCAGGGCAUUCGCACCAUGUGGGAAGACGAGAAGAAUUUCCGCGGCGGCCGGUGGGUGAUCAACGUGCUCCAGCAGCAGCGCCGAGAACGGGAUGAAAUUGCGAUUUGGACCUCCACCGUCAUGAGAAAGCCGUAA